UGUUGUCACUCAGGAACUGUUAGUUUAUCUUGGGAUCUUUGUAAGGACUGAACCGUCUCUAUUCAAAGAGAUGCUGAGGCUUCGAGUCGGCCUGAUAAUAGAAGUUAUGGUGGCUGAGUUGGCGAGAUCCAUGGAUUGUUCCGGUGAAGAUGCCGCUGAGUUUUUCAUGAACUUGAGCCCUUUUGAGAUGAAAACUCUCCUGUAUCAUAUUCUUAGCGGCAAGGAGUUGGUCGUUUCAAGUGAUUUGUCCUAUGACAACAAGAGCACACCAGAGAAACAGAUCUCCAUCGUAAACGUCGACCUUCCGAAGAGGGUUGGGAUCCGAAAACUUUCUAGUGCUAUUAAGAAAAUAAGCUGUAUUAAAAUGUUUGCGGGGAAACAUAUGCAUAUGAGCGGUAGAGGAUUGCUACCAUCACCUGAUCAGGAUAAUUUGGGACCACAGAAAGAUAAAGAUGACGAGGACGAGGACCCUCAAGACCGCCUUGGGCAGUGGAUCAGGCGAAGGUGCCUUGAUGGAGCUCUUAACCGAGCCCCUGAGGAUUUUUACCCCAAAUUCUGGAAAGUUCUCGAAAAGUGUCGAGGUAUGACCAUUUACAAGCAUUAUCUACCGAACACCAUGGUCUUAGAGAUGACUCCAGGAGAAUUGAAGUUUGCGUUGUGUGUGGAAGCUGCCCUGAAUCGCAUUCCAGAGCCGGAAUAUCGCCAACUUGUGGUGGAAAUGUUGAUGGUUCUGUCUCUUGUGGUUGAAUAUCAUCCAGAACAGACCCUUGGAGACACUAUUGACGUUGACGAACUUGUUUUCGAGGGCCACAGUUUGUAUCUUAAAGAUCAGAUGAACAUCAAAGGUGAUUCCACUAUGUGUUGCGCUCGUCUUCCUCAUGAAAAAAUCAGUUGUGGUGGAGCAGCAGGCAUCUGUCGAUAUUUCUACGACACUGCUCCAAGUGGACGGUUUGGAACCAUGACAUAUUUUUCACGAGUUGUCGCCAAGCGAGUCAGUCAUCUUCCACAUGAGAAUGAGUGUGUGGUUGCUUAGAAUUAGAGAUUUUUUAAUGCAAACAAAGAAUUCAAUUUUUUGUAGUUUCUCAUGACAGAUAGUAACGCCUUUCUCCCGUACGUUAUUAUUUACUUUCUUGAAUUUACUUCUUGGAAUGUUUCAUUCUAUGAAAAGUUUGCCACUCGGUUAUGUGUGAACAAGAAUAAGCGCCGGAUGUAAAGCUGUUUAAAGGGAGGGGGUAAGUUUCUAAAGAAAGUGUGGUGCUGCGUCGAUGGGAAAGUAGAGCAAAGUAAUUUGGUUUUAUCGAAACGUCAGCGUAAGAAACUCUUGACGCUGGUCAGUUUGUAUUAUCAACUCAGCUGAUUAAACCAAACGAUCAUAUAAAGCUGUUUACGUGAGUUGAAAACCAGUAGAAUGAGUGACGUUAUAUUUAUUUAGAACUACGCGAAAGAAGAGGUCUUUAAUUUAUGAUAGGGUUCCAAGA